AUGGCGCCCUCCGAAUCCACGCCUCUUCUGCAGGUGGUCAGCGUCGGUCCCCAGCGGCACCGGUACCCCCACCACAAGCUACGACAGUUCUGUAGCUUCACUCUCGGGACGCUGCUCGUGGUUUCUCUGUUCUUGUUCCUCCUUCCCUCAGCCAUCUUCCCCCGGGAGCAUGGCUCCAUCUGGUCUUACUUCCCUGGGGCGCGUCCGUUCCCCCACAAAGCGUGGCCGCAGGGCCACGGUCUCAAGUAUGAAGAGCUGCAGGCAAUUCUUCAAACGACCCCGUCCGCUGAAAAGGCACGGGAGUGGAGUAGCUACUAUACGGCGGGGCCUCAUCUCGCCGGCAAGAACCUGAGCCAGGCGAUCUGGACCCAGGAGCGCUGGCAAGAGUUUGGCAUCCACGACACUGACAUCGUGGCCUACGAUGUCUACAUCAACUAUCCUUUGGAUCACCGCCUGGCUCUGCUAAAGAAGUCCAAGGACACGACCGAAGUUACGUUCGAGGCUACUCUUGAAGAAGACGUCCUAGAAGAGGAUGGCACCAGUGGUCUGCCUGAUCGCGUGCCUACUUUCCAUGGCUAUUCGGCCACUGGAAAUGUCACUGCUUCAUUCGUAUACGUCAACUACGGCUCUUAUCAAGAUUACCAAGAUUUGGUUGAUGCCAAUGUCAGUCUUUCUGGCAAGAUUGCGAUCGCCAAGUAUGGCCACAUCUUCCGUGGGCUGAAGGUGAAGCGCGCACAGGAGUUGGGCAUGGUUGGUGUGAUCUUGUAUGAUGAUCCAGAGGAUGAUGGUGAGAUAACAGAGGAGAACGGAUACAAGCCGUACCCCGAGGGUCCGGCCCGGAAUCCUAGCGCUGUACAACGGGGUAGCACCCAAUUCCUGAGCUUUGCGCCCGGCGAUCCUACUACACCCGGUUGGCCAUCCAAGCCCGGAUGUGACCGCAAGGACCCUAGUGAUGCAAUCCCAUCCAUUCCUUCGAUUCCAAUCUCAUACAAGGAGGCCAUCCCCUUUUUGAAGGCCCUUAAUGGACAUGGUCCCAAAGCAGCGGACUUCCCUAAGAGAUGGCAAGGCGGAAAGCUUGGCAGCAAGGGCGUUGAAUAUAACAUUGGGCCUUCACCGGAUGAUGUGGUAAUCAACUUGGACAACCAACAAGAAUACGUUACUACCCCCCUGUGGAACGUCAUUGGCACCAUCAAGGGUGCUAUUCCGGACGAGGUGGUCAUUCUGGGUAACCACCGUGAUGCUUGGAUCGCUGGUGGCGCUGGAGACCCGAACAGUGGCUCCGCUGUCCUCAAUGAGGUUAUUCGCAGCUUUGGCGAAGCUCUUAAGGCAGGGUGGAAGCCAUUGCGCACAAUCGUCUUUGCCAGCUGGGACGGAGAAGAGUAUGGAUUGCUGGGGUCAACCGAGUGGGUAGAAGAUAAGCUUCCUUGGCUUAAAAAAGCCAACGUUGCUUAUCUCAAUGUCGACGUAGCUGCCUCUGGAACUGUCCUUGGUCCUCGGGCGGCCCCACUCCUAAAUAGUUUAAUCUAUGAGGUCACUAGCCUCGUCCAGUCCCCCAACCAGACCAUUGAAGGCCAAACAGUUCGCGAUGUCUGGGAUGGCUACAUCGCGACCAUGGGUAGCGGCAGUGACUUCACCGCUUUCCAGGACUUUGCGGGUGUGGCCAGCCUUGACCUGGGCUUCGGCCGUGGCCCCAAGGACCCCGUGUACCACUACCACUCCAACUAUGACAGCUUCGACUGGAUGGAUCGAUUUGGUGACCCUGGUUGGCUCUAUCAUGAAGCCUGCACCAAGCUCUGGUCUCUAGCUGCUGCCAAGCUGGUCGAGGCCCCUGUGCUGUCAUUUAGUGCGUCUGACUAUAGUACUGGUCUCGGUCAAUAUUUGGAGAAGAUCAAGCCCGGUGCAAAGAAAUUGCGUGGCGGCGAAUUCGACUUUGGGUCUCUGGACAGAGCAGUCGCCGAGUUCCAGGCUACGGCUAAGAAAUUUGACGCCUAUGCCGCUGACUUGACUUCUCAGUUGGGUGAAGAUCUUCCUUGGUAUCUGUGGUGGAAGAAGGUGAGACUCUACUUUCAGAUCCGUGUGGUCAACGACAAGUACAAGGCCCUUGAACGGGCAUUCUUGUAUGAGCCCGGACUCGAUGGGCGCAAUUGGUUCAAACAUGUGGUGUUUGCGCCUGGUCUGUGGACCGGAUACUCGGGUGCGACGUACCCUGGCUUGGUGGAGAGUUUUGAUGCCGGUGAUUCAGCAAACGCCCAGAAAUGGCGCUCUAUCAUUGUCGAGCGCCUGGACGCCGCUACAAAAGUGCUUCAAUGA